UCCAAACUCUGCUGAAAAACAAAAAUUCUUUAUGAAUGAAAUGUUUUUCCUUCAGUUUUAUUUUCCAGCAGAUUUUCAUUCUGUCACCAUCGCGCGUAGGUGGAGUGUGCGCGUGCUGCAUGUAUGUGCACGUGCACGGAAAGAGAGCGCGCACGCGCAGGGCUCCUCCGACUCGUGACGAAUCUUCAUCCCGCAUUUGUUGCUCCUGAUCGGGAUCCAGGUCCCAACACGUCCGGUUCAUGAUCACGCUGCGCGCUGGAGACGGGUCUUGGAGAAAAGGGGAGGAGCCUGAAUCACACGCACGUGUACACGCGCACGGAUCGGCUGUGAGCAGAGCGCAGUUAUUUGGUGUCAGCGCGCGGCUUGAGGAGCCUGGUCCUGGUUCCUGGUCCUGGUCCUGGUCCUGGUCCUGUGGAAACUAAAGGCGCGCUGCAUCUCCUCUUCCUCCUCCUCUUCCUCACUGCAGGCUGGAUCCUGACAUCGGUCCUGGACCUGGUCUGGUCUGGUCUGGUUCUCCUUCCGGACGGAGACCCUGGACCUCCUGUUGGAGUUAAAGGAGUCCGUUAAGGUCUCGGCUCGGGUCCUUGGUUCUGGUUCCGGUUCUGCUGGGCUGCUGGAGUGAUGCUGAAGCAACAAGCGGCAGCGCGCGGAGCCUCUGCGCGCUCUUUGCGGGAUUAAAGGCGCUGCUGAUGCGGGUCUCUGCGGGUCUCUGCGGGAUUCCUCUGCAACAGUUCGGAACCGGAAUGAAGCCGGACCUGAGCUCGGUUCUGAACCCUGUUCUGACCUCGGCUCCGCGGAUCCUGUAACUCUGCUGAAAGUGGUUCUGUUUGGGUUCUGGGCUGGAGGGAGGACGGGGAUCCGGAUCCAGUCAUGCUCAGGUCCUCCUCUUCGCUCCGGGUCCUGUGGGUCCGGCUCCUCUGGACCCAGGUCCUGCUGGACUCGGUCCGCUCCCAGGAGAUUUACGCGCCGCACUCGAUCCGCGUGGAGGGGGACGUGACGCUGGGGGGGCUGUUCCCGGUGCACGCGCGGGGGGUCCCGGGGACCCCGUGCGGGGACAUCAAGAAGGAGAACGGGAUCCACCGGCUGGAGGCCAUGAUGUACGCGCUGGACCAGAUCAACGGGGACCAGGACCUGCUGCCCAACGUCACGCUGGGCGCGCGGAUCCUGGACACCUGCUCGCGGGACACGCACGCGCUGGAGCAGUCCCUGACCUUCGUGCAGGCUCUGAUCCAGAAGGACACGUCAGACGUCCGGUGCACGAGCGGAGAGCCGCCGGUGUUCGUUAAACCCGAGAAGGUGGUGGGCGUGGUCGGAGCGUCCGCGAGCUCCGUGUCCAUCAUGGUGGCCAACAUCCUGCGCCUCUUCCAGAUCCCUCAGAUCAGCUACGCCUCCACGGCGCCGGAGCUGAGCGACGACCGGCGCUACGACUUCUUCUCCCGGGUGGUCCCCCCGGACAGCUUCCAGGCCCAGGCCAUGGUGGACCUGGUGAAGACCCUGGGCUGGACCUACGUGUCCACGCUGGCCUCAGAGGGCAGCUAUGGAGAGAAGGGUGUGGACGCCUUCAUGCAGCUGUCCAGAGAAGCAGGUGAAAUCUGCAUCGCUCAGUCUCUAAAGAUUCCUCACGACCACAAACCUUCAGACUUUGACAAAAUCAUCCGUCAGCUGCUGGACACCAGAUACGCUCGGGCCGUGGUUCUGUUCGCCUCUGAUGAAGAUAUCAGAGGAAUUCUGAAUGCUUCGAAGCGAGCGGAUCAGAUCGGUCACUUCCUGUGGAUCGGUUCUGACAGUUGGGGGUCCAAGAACAGUCCAAUCCAUCAGCUGGAAGACGCUGCAGUCGGCGCCAUCACCAUCCUGCCAAAGAGGGCCACCAUCAGCGGCUUCGACUCGUACUUCAUGUCCAGAACUCUGGAGAACAACCGGAGGAAUGUUUGGUUUGCUGAGUACUGGGAGGAGAACUUCAACUGCAAACUGAUGAGCUCCUCCAAGAAGGACGAGAGCAGCCGCAAGUGCACAG